UAUUUUGUCACUUGUUUUAAGUAUAAACCAGUCAAAAACAAGUGAAAAAAGAUUUUUUUUUAAAUCUUCUCUCUUUUUUGCUGUGUAUUAUCUUUGUUUAACUUGUAAAUAAUAGUAUAUUUUUGAUUAUACUCAGUUAUGAUGAUAUGGGGGUGUAGAAAGAUUGUAAAAGGUGUUAUCAUUUCAGUGCAUGCCAUUGAAAUGUACACUAGUACACUAUAUGAACACCAAGUUAAGUGAACUUAGCAAUUUAAGUACACUAUGAACACCAAGUUAAGUGAACUUAAGUCUACAUGAGCAACAAGUUAAGUGAACCUAAUUCUUUAAGUAGAGUCUCCAUGAGCACCAAGCUAAGUGAACUUAAGUAGAGUCUACAUGUUAUCAUUUCAAUGCAUGCCAUUUAAUGCAAUGCAAAUGAACUAAAAACCAUGUUAGAACAAAAACCUCUGUGAGAUAACCUCUGUAAUUGUAAUACUUUUUACAUUAUAUGCAAAGAGCAUAAUGAAGAUGAACAUAAUUAUUCAGAAAAUGUUUUUGUGUUUCAGGCUAUUACUAGCAUGGUGACGCAUCUAUAUCUAAUGGCAGAAAGUAACAGUACCGGUGAGGUAGCAGAACUCAUCUUGUGCAAUAAUGAAGCAAAGAUUUAUGAUUGCAAUCAAUCCGAUCCCAUGAGAUCUCAAAGCCCAAUGCCGCUGACGGACGCCUGGCUGGUCCCAGUGUUUUUCACCCUAAUUAUGUUAAUAGGUUUGGUGGGUAACUUAUUGGUCAUCUAUGUUGUCGUCAAAAACCAGCAGAUGAAAACGGUUACAAACCUCUAUAUAGUUAAUCUUGCCACCACAGACAUACUUUUCCUGGUUUGUUGUGUUCCUUUCACUGCCACUUUAUACACUCUUCCUAGCUGGAUAUUUGGGGACUUCAUGUGUCGGCUAGUCAAUUAUCUGCAACAGGUAACUGCACAGGCAACCUGCAUCACUUUGUCUGCAAUGAGUGUCGAUCGAUUUUAUGUGACCGUCUACCCACUCCAAUCUCUCCAUCAUCGAACACCACAGAUGGCUCUGACUGUAUGCACCACUAUUUGGAUAUGUUCUCUGCUGCUUUCAGUGCCGAUAGCGUUGUAUCAGCAUACAGAGUCUUCGUUCUGGUUUGGUCCACAGACGUACUGCACUGAGGCCUUUCCCUCUCUCAUUCAUAAGAGGGCUUACAUUCUUUACUCCUUCUUGGCUGUUUACCUGCUGCCUCUGAUCACCAUCUGCAUGUGUUAUACUUUCAUGAUAAAACGCAUGGGUCAAGCCACGGUGGAGCCUGUUCAUGGCUGUAACCAGCUGCAGAGACCAGCAGAACGGGUUGAAGCGGUGCGAACACGAGUCUCCAGAAUGGUGGUUGUGAUGGUGUUGCUGUUUAUAGUCUGCUGGGGUCCAAUUCAGAUCCUGAUUCUCUUACAAGCGUUCUGUUCUGAAGAUGUCAGUCACAGUUAUACACUUUACAAACUAAAGAUCUGGGCUCAUUGCAUGUCCUAUUCCAAUUCCUCCAUAAAUCCCGUGAUCUAUGCCUUCAUGGGAGCCAACUUUAGAAAGGCCUUCAGAAGUGUGUUUCCUCUGAUCUUCAAAAGGAAUGCAAGAACAACUGAGCCUCUGCCCACCUAUAACAGGGAGAUGAACUUUCUUUCAUCCUGACCUCAAAGGAUUUUUUUGGACAGGUUGUGCAUAAUUAUAUCUUUUAAAGAUAAAAUCAAUUCACUUCAUGGAGAUGUCCUCUGACCAGUCUUAUGGGACUGAAGGUAAAAGGUAAAGAACCAAAAUGAUGUGAUUAGUAGCACUUGCAAAAAAUAAAAUAAAACACAAUAGACAGAAAUACAAACGAUACUAACCAUUCAGUGAUUAGUUUAUUAAAUUCUUAAAACAAUUCUUUCUGAAUACACUAUAAAACUAUGGUACUGGAUGUAUACACUUUUAAAAACUUGUUACAGAAAUAAUAUAGCCUACUACUUAGAAUAUACUUAUGUGUGAACUGAAUGUAAUGUUUUCAGACACUUAAUUGCAUGUUAAUUGCAAUUAUAUUGUAAUGUAUAUGUUAAAUUUUAUA